ACUCGAAAUCGGAAGUUUGAGUUUGAGAAGAUUGAGCAAGCAGAUACGCCGCCGUAUAGCCUUGGCUAACAAAACCACCUCCAGGCUCCAGCCUUUCCUUCAAUUGAGAUUGAAAAUGAAAGGCUCCAAGCUCCAGGCUUCAUCAACGGCAGGUACUGUGAAGCCGGUCGACAAUGGCGGCUGCAGGUCCAAUGUGCCGGUGCACGGUACCGGCGGUUCUUCGGAGUUCGGACUUCAUGGACCGAUGGCAACCCCGGAAGAUGGUUCUUCGGUUGCACCAAUUACCGGGGUGCAAAUUCAUGUAAUUAUUUUCGUUGGAUUGAUCCACUACUUGAAGAUAUUAUUAAGCGCCUUGUUCUUACCUUGCACAAAAGAAUCCGAGAGGUGGAGAGGAGGAACGAUCGCAGCUCAUUUGUCCGAGAAAUCAGCAAAGGGUUUUUUUAUUGUGGUUGGAGCUCUUUUGGCAAAGAGUGUGAUGGAUUUCCUGUUUGAAAACAAUUAAUUAAGUGGGAACCUGUUGUGGAUUAUGUAAUGAGUUAGGGAACCUGUUAUGGAUGAUAAUAAUGUGUUAGGGAAACUUGUUUUGAAUGAUGUAAUGUAUUUGAAUGAUGUAAAAGCCAUAAGAAGUGUUACUAUGGCUAGCUGCUGCUUCAAAAUA